AGCAAGAGCUGGUGCUCCGUUACAAAGGCCGAGCCGCCCAGCCCUGUCACCUUCUGUGCCUGGCAAGAGCCUCGGCCCGCAGCUGACAUCGAUCACCCCAUCCCACCCACUGUCUGCCUGUGUCUUCUCUUCCUCUCUCUUGCCUCCCUGAGCGGCCACAAUGUUUGAGUCUCUCAAGAAGAACAUCCAGUCGGUGCAGGAUGGCAUCACAGCGGGGCUACAGAGGCUGUCUGUUGGGGAGCAGAAGCCAACCCAGGUCAGUCCCUCAGAGUCCCAGGUGAAUCUGGCUGCUGGGUCUGACCUACUUCAGAUGUAUCAGACACAGUGGGCCACCAUGCAUCACUUGGCUGAACAAAACUCUGCAGCUGCUCAGGAUCUGGAUGUGGCCAUCACCCAGCUGGCUGAUGAGUGUGAGUGCCAGCACAGCCAGAUGGCUGAGAUCCACUCCCUCUUGGCUCACCUACCCAACAUCAUGGCUCAGCUUCACUCCAUGUUGGCCACCAUCGGCUCCAUGCGAGGACUGUUUGAGGAGGUGGAGGGUGGCCUACUCACCCUUCAGGACUUGGAUGAAGAGCUCACACUCCAGGAGCAAAUCCUUGACCUACGGCUCAGCUUGGCUCUGGCACGGGAAAAACACACACACAGCCUUAACUCUCUCAACAAUGAACUGAAAGCCAGUCAUCAGACUAAAAUGAUUGUAUUGGAGCACAAGAAGGAGAAUGAGCGAAAAGAGAGAGAAAAGGUGUUCUCAGAGAAGUUUAGUGAAGAUAUAAAGAACUACAAAGAGCAGGGCCACAUAAAAAAGAGGAUACCCAGUGCUGAGGAGGAGGCUGGUCUGAAGCUGGAAGAGGUGGACCUUGAACAGGACUCUAGUGAAUUGGAUGACUUCUUGAAUGAACCAGCCUGAGGUUUCCUUCAUCACCAGCAAAGCAUUGCUGGUCACCGUGGGUCACUGCUGGCCACCAAGGUUACUGUGUGAGGACUGAGGCUACCCAAGAGAUUCUAGGAUUAAGGAAAUAAAGCUUUAUUUGUACAAUUUACUCUGGUUACUCAUGCUGUCAAUGUCUUACAAUGGAAAAGAUUGAGGUGCUGAAAUGACCCGUAGAGGCACUUCAGGGUUUUUGUCAGGGUGUGCCUGGUGCUGGAAGCAGCAGUCAGUCAUUGGCACUUCUUGGACAGCACAUGUGACUUGGAAAAGGCUACCAUAUGCUUGCCCUUGGCUCUAAAUGUAAUCUGAGACUAUUUGAAUGUAAUGAGAAAUUGAUGUGAAAGACAUUGUAAGUGAAACAUAUAUGAGAAG